UGGGAUCAGCCUUCUGCUUUGGUUUUCCGGCCCGCGGCGGGCCGGGCCCAGUGGCCAUCCCCGCUUUCUUGGCGCAAGCGGGACGGUGCGUCCCGGCGCCCGACAGGUGGGCGGGCUGGAGAUCGGGGUUGAGCUUAGAAGGGGAGGCGCUCGCUGCGUGUCGCUUUAUUAGAAGAACCCUAGGAACCCUAGAUAGCUCAGGCUGGAGUGACGGCUAAAGGUGGUGGCGGGUCCUCCAUCGGGCUUCCCGUGGCUGGGCCAGUAAUAAAAGUGAAAAUUCCAAAAGAUAAGGAUGGUAAACCAAAGCAAUUUGCAUUUGUGAAUUUCAAACAUGAAGUAUCUGUUCCUUAUGCCAUGAAUCUGCUUAACGGAAUCAAACUUUUUGGAAGGCCCAUCAAAAUUCAGUUUAGAUCAGGAAGUAGCCAUGCCUCACAGGAGGUCAGUUUGUCAUAUCCCCAGCAUCAUGUUGGAAAUUCAAGCCCUACUUCCACAUCUCCUAGCAGAUAUGAAAGGACAGUGGAUAACAUGACUCCAUCAGCACAGAUAAUUCAAAGAUCUUUUUCUUCUUCAGAAAAUUUUCAGAGACAAGCAGUGAUGAACAGUGCUUUGAGACAGAUGUCAUAUGGAGGGAAAUUUAGUUCCCCACAUCAGGAUCAAUCAGGAUUUUCCCCAUCAGUUCAGUCACAUAAUCAUACUUUUAACCAGUCGUCAAGCUCCCAGUGGCGCCAAGAUACACCAUUAUCACAGCGAAAAGUCAGACAGAAUUCUCAUCCCUACAUAGUGGAUAGACAUUAUAGUCGUGAGCAGCGUUACACUGAUCAUGGGUCUGACCAUCAUUACAGAGGAAACAGAGAUGAUUUCUUCUAUGAAGACAGGAAUCACGAUGGCUGGAGCCAUGACUACGAUAACAGAAGAGACAGUAGUAGAGAUGGGAAGUGGCGCUCAUCUCGACACUAACAAGUGCUAAAAGGAUGUUUUCAUAGGGUCAUUCUAGGCCCUUUUUGUAAAGUUGUUUCUUGGAAUUUUUCUUAAAAAAAACUGUAUAGAGCAGCUUUACAAGUUGCCACAUUUCUUUAUAAAAUUUUUAAAACCUACUUGUGGUCAAAUACAGAAAUGAGAAGAAUUGUGGUUCUAGUUUUAUUACUUUAAUAACCUUUCACCUCAGGGUUUUGAGAAGAGGAAAGGGUUUUAUGCAGAAGAAAGUGCCACAAUCCUCAUCAUUUUAGACAGUUGAGGAAGGGGUGUGUUAUAUGGAUUGGUUGUAUUAUGAAGUGAGUAUUUUAAUUAUCUGUUGUCUUUUUGUAUGGCAAGAAGUUUCUUGUUAGUGAAUCAGACUUUGGUGUAUAUAGUGAAAAACAUUCAAGUUGAUAGUCUGAAAUGACUCAGUAUUUUGUUAAUAAAUGAGAAAAUGUAACCAAUGAUUAAUUUUGCUAACAUAUGAGAAAACCUUUUGGUCAAGUUUGGAGAUAAAUCAUAUUAUUUAACUUCUUAGAGAACUUAAGUGUAAGUUCUGUGACAUGAUCUUGAGUUUUACCGUAAUUGAGCAUAUAAGUAUACAUCUACACAUGCUGUUUCAUUAGAAAAUUUUAGGAUUUGCUCAUUAAAUUAUGUUUGAUGUAUGACUGAAGUCACUCAGGAAGUUAAAUAUCUCUAAAUGUAUUUUUUUAUAGUAAAAAUACAGUGUUAAUGUAAAUCUCCUUUUUAUGGAAGAACAAAAAUGUAAAUGCAUAAUCAGAUAAAAUGGUAAAAUGUUUUACUGAAAGUAUACUUUUUUGGGAAAAAAAGGUUCACGAAACCUUUAAGUGUUGCCUCUAUCACUGAAACUUCUGAAAUUUUAACAUAUUCAAAGUGCCCAAGACAAGUGACAAGGACACAUUUUAUUAUGGAGAUUGUACAGGUUGUUUUCUGUUUCUAUUUAAACAUUUGAAAGAAUUUCGUCUAAAACACUUUGAUUUAAAAAUUUUUAAAUCUUGUUUAACAAAACUUUUAUGUAUCAAGAUGCUAUUUCGCUUUCAUUGUAGAACUUGUUUAUAAAAACUUAUUCCUUGAAAAAUUUGGAUCCUUUUUAAUAUUAACUACAGCAUUUGUACUAUUUUGCUUUUUAAUAUAUUGAAAACAAAAA